AUGGACAUCACCAAAUUCGUCGUCCAAGGCCGCGACCAGUCUCUCCUCUACGGGGAUUACUCGACCUACCACAAGCACUGCACCAAGCGUGUGCAAUCUUGUCGAAGGAAGCUUGGUAUUUCGACUAAGAAUCGCGGCAAGUUUCGCGACCAUGACAAGGUCACGGCAGAGCAAAUCGCCCAGAACCACGAAUAUGUCCAUUUACUUCUCCUCGCAUCCGAACGAUCUUGGGCCCAGACCAUGGCCAUGAAGGCCAGUCGCGCCACCGACACCAGGGGAAUCACGGGCCGAACUCGAUCGCAUAUCACCUCACGUCUCGUCAAGGCCACUUCCGCUGCUGACAAUCUUGUCGAAGCCCUCUCCCAAACCGACGUAUCUGGCGCCUCUCAAACCGAUCUCCUCGAGGCCACAGCUUAUGCUCGUCUUAUCCGCGGUAGCUCUGGCUUCGAGAAGAAGAGUUGGGAAGCGAGCUUGCAAAAUUAUGCGGUGGCACGUGUCAUUUACAGUGCGCUUGCCUCUGCCACAACUGGUGAUCUCUACAAGGACCUGCUUACCGAAACUAUCGACCCAUCUAUUCGAUAUGCCGCCUACCAACUCAAGACGCCCCGAACUGUCCCGAUUCCUAUUAUCGCCCGAAAGGCCUUCCCUCAGUCUGACGCCUUCCUCGUCGACCAGAUCAACGACAUCGAUCCCACUAUUCUUAAAUCGGACGAAGCAAAGGCAAAGGACGGAAUUGCUAGCGCCGAGGGCGCACCCAAGACUUUGACAUGGAGGUCUCGAGAGGUCAACAUCGAGGAUGCGCAGAUUGCGAUGGCUUGGGGUGCUGUACUGGCGGCCAAGGAACGACUGGCUGCUAAUCUCGCCGAACCUAAAGGACGAGGACCUUAUGAGCUAGCUGGCGCUUACGACGAAAUUCUUAUGCUCAGCCAAGAUGCUGUUGAUGCUACCAAGCAAGCAAUCGACGAGAUGCGAGCCGAGGGCGUGGAACAGGGUGACGCUCGAAUGCAGAGUUUGCAAAUCACACGUACCGCUGUCAACUUCGAAACUAUUAGCUGGAGAAUCGGUCGUAGCAGAGUUCUGACAGGAGAGCAUGACGGUGCACUUGAUCAGUACGGUUCACCAAAGAAGGGGAAGGGGAAGGCAGCUCAGGAAGAAGCCAGGGAGAAGGACAUCCCAACAGGAAAGAAACUGACCAAGCUCAAGGAAAAGGUCGCGCUCUACGAUGGAAUACUGCAGAACAUCAAAUCCAUCACAGAGCUACCUGGUGUGGCCAAUGAUCAGGGACUGGCCGGGCAGAUCGCCGCUUACGUCAAGUACUUCGAGGCUCUCAAGGCGCUAGCUAUUGCUCGUUCGCAUGCCACCGUUGGUAACCCCGCCGCUGCGCUCGCUCUUAUCAGCCAUGCCGAUGGUCUUGUUGAAGAGUCUCAGUCCAACGUACCCGCGUCUGAUGAAUCAUCAAACAAGACACCCCUGAACCUAUCUGUCUCCGCCGAAGACGUUGAGUAUCUUCAGAACCUCCUCAACGGCGAGCUCCAGCGUCACCGUGCCAUUGUGCACGUUGAAAACCUUCGUAAAAAACAUGGGCUGAGCACAUCAGACGCCGUCAAGCGACCUCUUAUCGAAACUCAGAGCCAGUAUCCCUCUGGAGGCGUCAACCUGGAUCACAUCGUCGAGUUCCCUCCCAAGCUCUCCACGGUCCCCGUGAAGCCCAUCUUCCUUGACGUGGCAUGGAAUUACAUCGAUUACGCUGGCAAGGCUUCUCCCAAGCAAGCCCCAACGGCUGCUAAGCCUGAGGCGCCCAAGACAGAGGAAUCGUCAGCUCCUCAGCAAGCCAAGAGGGGUUGGUUUGGAUUUGGAAGAUCAUAG